AUGCCUAUGAAACAGCGCGUUGACGACGGCCGGACUGUCUGGGAGCGUACCUGGACCGUCUACCCAAGCAAGAUGAUCCCGGUCCUCCCGAAACGCCUCCGCCAUUUUGAGGACGGAUUCGAGCUGGUGCUUCUGGUGUACCACGCGCUCUGUGCACACCAGGAGUACUACAAGGCGGGUGUCCUGCACGGAAACGUCUCGGAGGAGAAUGUGAUCAUUUUCGAGACUCCAUUCUCGGAGAGGAAGGGCGUGCUGGUCGAUCUUGACCAAGCUAACACAUUUCGCAGGCCUGAGCGUCCCGACCCAGAUCUGAAGGCUAGAAAUGUCUAA